AAGCUUCAUCGAUGGACGAAACUUCGACUAUGCUGACCUUUCCUCUCCACCUUCUGUUGAUGGUGGUGUCCCUCCCGAAUGUCGUGACGAUACCUGAGCCCAUCUCCAUAGAAACCUGGAGCCCCCCCCCCAACCCACCGCCUUUACCGCCCACCAACCCACAGAUCGACGGCCCAGGACGCCUCUUUAACCCCACUGGAGACAACAUGACGGAGCUGCCCGCCGGGUCCCUGGAGGCCUUCUGCCAGACGUUGCUGCAGUCCUCGGACCCGGUCUCCCCAAAUGAGAUCCCCUGGUUCUGUCUCUGCACACACUGCCAGAGCACCCAGGGGCCCAAAGGAGACCGAGGAGAACGGGGUCUUCCAGGUAGUCCGGGUAGUCCUGGAAGAAGAGGCUUGACAGGGUUCAGAGGUCCUCCAGGUUUCGUGGGCAGAUCUGGGAUCAAAGGACAGAAAGGAGACGAGGGUCAGAAGGGACAAGAUGGACCCCCAGGACUAGUGGGACACAAAGGGGGCCGAGGUUUCAAAGGUGACAAAGGUGAUCAAGGUCUGUCGGGUCACCCAGGGGAUCAGGGUCCGAAAGGAGAUGAUGGAGUCUGUCCAGAUACCUGUGAGUCCAGCAAUGGCCCCCAAGGACCCCCAGGUCUACCUGGCCCUGCAGGACCCCGAGGUCUGCCUGGUACUCCAGGGCUGCUGGGACCCAAAGGCAAUAAGGGUGAUAGGGGUGAUCUGGGUCCCACUGGUGCCCCUGGACUUGUGGGUGAUAAGGGUGAUUUAGGGCCCCAGGGGGAGUGCAACUGUACAGAUGGAGUAGAUGGGAGUCCAGGUCAUAAAGGGGAAAAGGGAGACAAGGGGGAACAAGGAGAAGGGGGGGCUGUGGGGCAAAUUGGGCUACAGGGGCCCCAGGGAGAACCAGGGCAGAUUGGGAUGAUGGGUCCUCCUGGUCCCUGCAUGCCCAGUAUCCAGUCAGCCUUCUCUGCAGGGCUGAUGUCCAGUUACCCCCCACCCAACACCCCUGUGGUCUUCUCCCACAUUAUCUAUAAUGUCCAUAACAAUUACAACCCCGACACUGGUAUCUACACCGCCCCUGUCAAUGGAACCUAUGUCCUCAGCUAUCACCUCACUGUCCAUGAACGGGUCCUGAAAGUUGGACUCUUUCAUGAUCACAGACCAGUUGUUAUAACCACUGAUCCUAAAAUGUUAGGGACCACCUCGCACUCAGUUGUCCUUCACCUGGCCCAGGGAAACAGGCUGUGGAUUCAGGUGAAGGAUCAGGUCACUAACGGCAUGUAUGCCGGUUCUGAGACCAGCAGCACCUUCUCAGGCUACUUGCUCCACCCAGAUACAUGUAAUGUGGGUUUAAGUAGAAACUUCAUUGUGCCAUUGUCCACAGAUAAUGAAAAAUACACCUGGAGAGAAAUCUCUGAGACCAGCACCGCCAGUCCCCCCACUACAGCUGCCGGUGGAGGAUCCAACUAAUAAUCAAUAAAAUGGUCCUUUGGUCCAUUUUGGUCGCCUGGUCAUCAGGUCACAGGUUAUCUUAUCUGUAGAGGGUCUGAAAUAAAUUAUGUUAGCUCGUCUUGAAAACACAUCUCACCAAUCAAUCAACAGAGAGAAACACAAUGAAACCAGAACCAGAAAAACUCAGCAGUAGACUUUUAACAGAACUGAAUAUCAAACUGACUCAGAGGAAAUCAUGGAAUCUGUAAAAAGGACUUCUGAGCAUGAUCACACCUGUCAAUCACGAUGAAACAUCUUUAACCAUGAGAAAUGUUCUAAUUAGCUGAGAACAGAGCACCAUGUCCACUGUAGAGGUCACUGUUCUCACUGUAGUUACUCCAUGUGCUCAUGCUGAUGUAUGAAGAAGUGAAAGCUGCAGGGGGCGUCAGACUCUCAGACCUCAUUUAUUAGUUUAACUUUCAGACUCUGUAGUUCCCAUUUGUUCCAGAUCCUAAAGGUUGUUGUUUCAAAUCCUGUGAAGCCAUUUUUUAAAUCUGGUCGUGUUUAGUGAUCUUGGAACCAUGUGACCUGUAUGUGUGGUUCGUUCUGAGCACAAAUAAAAAACAAUA